GCCUCUCACCCGGACGAAGACCUACAGGAUUUGCUCAGCCUAGUCAACAAACAGGCCAGUCAGCAGAACACGAUGGUCCACAAGGAAAAAGUGACGCAUUUCGAGAACAACAACGGAGACUUGGUUAAGGUCGACAAGGAGGAGGAGAAAGUUGUGGACACAAACUCUGGUGACGUCAUCGCAGAUGUAAAACAGGAAGUAAAGCAGCAGCAGGCCUCCGGGAGCCAGCAGGAACCGGAAACGGUUGUGGAAACGAAAAUAGACAUCCCAUCUCAGGACGUUCAUGAGACUUUUGUGCAGGAUGACGCCGACGGGACGGCUGGUGACGUAGACAUACGAAACGCCGAAGAUGCGUUGCCUAGCAACGAAGACGAUUCCAUGGAGGCGGAACUGACGCCAGCUGACAUGGCUGAGUACCUGUACGCCACACAACAGUUUGAGCCGUUUUACGCCGCUCUUGACCGCCUGGUGAACCAGUCCAAGAUGACGGUGGGCGAGGCGUCGAGUUACGCUAAGGCUGUGGCCGUGGAGUACGAGAGACUGCAGCUGCAGCAGCUGGAGGACCGCCUGAUCUUUGAGGAGGGACCUUUUGGCCAGCUGUCCUCUGCUGCGGACUCCUACCCUCCCCCUGAGGCGGCGCCGUACAGUGUAGAAGACAGUUACCCACCAGCUGAAUACCAGAGACCUAUGGGUGGCUACCUGCGCCCAGAAGAAGAACAGAUGUACUUGUGGCAGGCAGAACCCCGCAGUUAUUCGCCACCUCCAAUGGACACAGCUGAUAUUGAUCCUUACGAGUUUUUGGCAGCUCUCUGGACAGAAGCUUAUGGCAAAGGUAACGAAGAGGCCCGCGAUAUCGUGCGAAUGUUGUACGACAGAGUGAGCCAGGACUCCAACCCCGACGAUAUGGCCCAGAUCCGGGAUAUCUUGAUGGAAACAGUAGACGCGUCAGUACACGACACGCCCUUCAACUUUGACCCUGAAAUCAUGGGACUGGAUGAGUUACCUCCCCAGCAAGAGGGGUACCAGAUCCCCAGCCUCCCUGAAGAGCUCCUGAACACCCAGCUGGAAGACAUCCCCACAGCUCAGAAAAAGAACGUCAUCGUGGAGGAGGCAGACCAGCAAGAAGACGGAGAGGGGGAGGAAGAGGAGGUAGCAGAGAAGAAUUCUCCUGCGCAGGAGGUUGAGGAGAGUGAGGCACAAGCAAGCGAGGACAACUCAGAGGAGAAGGAAGGAAAGACGGAAGUAAAAGAAGAAACGAAUGUGGUCGGCGAGGCUAAGGAAGAAAAGGAAGCAAAGACUGAGAUUCAGGAGACAGAAAAACAGUAAAUUUGUGAGGAUUAUCUCACAGUAAAGAAUGCUAGUUCUGGAUUGAGAGAAAGAAAGAGCGGAUGAUUGCAGGAGAAAAGAGACCAGCAUUUGUCACCACCCGUCAGCUGGAACUGUGUCGUAAUCACUGCCGACCCUACAAUCAUUGCCUCAUCACGUGAUCCCUUUAUGUUGAUAAUGCUUGAUGACGUCAUUUUUAUAAAUACAUAAAUAUUCUCCGCUUGUUUUCUUGAUACAUCAUUGACGGGACUGGGAGGAUUGGUUUAUUUAUCGUUAUCAUCACACGAUUCGAUUCAAUCUGUUAAACAGAAUGGGACGAGGGCGAACGUUGCUUAAUGAACAAUUGUCCUGCUUACUAUUGCUAUUACUUAACGCUGAAUAAAACACGAUUCCUCCCCACAAACAUUGCAACAACUCAUCACCUUUAUAAGGAUAACACAGAGAAACAGAAUAACAGAUUAUUCAUCAUCAUUAUCAUCAUCAUCAUCAUCAUCAUCAUUAUCAUCAUUGUAAAUAACAAGGAAUAAAACAGGGUUGAGACUUGUAGAAUUUUCAAAUGUUAUACAGGUUCAACGUUUGGCCUGGAAAAGGGCUUCAUCGGGAACAUGAUACAAAAAAUAAUGUAAGAUCAAAUGACUACAAGCUAUAGCAACAAAAAUGAGCGCAUCAUCAUCAUCAUCAUCAUCAUCAUCAUCAUCAUCAUCAUCAUCAUCAUCAUCAUCAUCGUCAUCAUCAUCAUCAUCAUCCUUGUCGUCGUAGUCUAAGGAGUAAAAUGUUGCUUUCGUCAUCGUGUGAACCCAACAUAAAAUAAUAUCAUUCCUACCUUCAUACUGUCGUCGUCGUUAUUUCGACUGACCUGAAUAUGAUGAUUAAGGCUACUAUUUCUUAACAAAUCAAGCUGAAACUGGACAAGGGAUUACGACAGGAGUGUAAGAGGGGAAAUUACUUACUAUCACUAUGAUGCCACCUUCUUCUGAAUAAAUAAAUAAAAUAAUUAAUUAAUUAAUUAAUUAAUUAAUUAAAUAUUAUAUUUCGACAUAGACGAAAACAAAAUCAAACGAUGCAGGCUUUUAAAAAAAUGACGACGAAAACGAUAACAACACGGACUAUAACCUCAUACACAAAGUUGCCGUUCACUCAUUCAUCUUCAUAUCUUCACCACACACCAGACGACCCUUCGUGAACUGAAUAUACUAGAAGUUACACUUACUGCCACAGCACUGGCUCAAAGGGUUAGGAACUCAUUCUUGCCUGAAUGCACACGGAAUUUUUGCAACAAAACUCAUUUCAUUAUAUGGAACUGAACUGAAAUUACAUCCGGUUUCAUAUCCUAAAAGGAUGGAUUACCUUGCUUUAAAAAAAAGACAAGCGUUGAAAAAUAUAUCGUUUUGAAAUCGGUGUUAGAAGAAGAAGCUUUUAUACUAAGGAAGAAAAAAACUGUGGUGUUUUUUGGAAUCAAUACCUCUUUUUUCCUAUCUAGGAAAAGUUACUAUUUUUGAGCCUUGAAAAAAUAAUUACUUCUGAUAUGAGAAAAGUUACUAUUUCUGUUUCUAGAACAGCUGGAUUGAGAUGUAGUUUUGCCUUUCUCGGUUCAUGAGUUUUAAAACCUAACAGUAGGACAAAAUUCAAUGAAACCGGAAGUGACAUCAUAUCCACAAACAAAGCUGCAAAAAAGCUACAAAAGCCGGCUAUGGUAAAUCUAGCAGACAGUUUUAUUUUAACGUCCUCACAUUCGUAAAGUUAUGUUAAUAAUCAGUUUUCUUUAAAAAUUAAUACUCUGUUGUUUCAUUUCCCGGCUAUAACUGUAUGAUUUUCUGUCUCAUUUUAUUUAAGAUUAGGCGGAUAUUUGUUUUGAAUUUACGUUUUAUAUUAUUGUCUAUCUAUCUAUCUAUCUAUCUAUCUGUCUAUCUAUCUAUCUAUCUAUCUAUCUAUCUAUCUAUCUAUCUAUCUAUCUAUCUAUCUAUCUAUCUAUCUACUUUCGGGGGGGGGGGGGGGAUCAAAUAUAUAAAUUAAUUUCACUUUUUUUUUCAGGGUUUCAGAAUUUAAACAAACCUGACAUUGCACGGUGAACAAUCUCGCACUGAAUAUUGAAACACUUCCUCAUAUUAUGGUGUAUUCGUGUGACGUACCCGUUUCUUCACCUAGCAGUAUCGAUGUUGUGGAGGGUUUUUCACCCCAAUUCCAGCCUAGUGUUGUGAGUGUGAACUCGAUGUAUCAGCAGAAAUAAUGGUUUUCUCUCCCUUUACCGUUUCAGUUUUAAGUCGUCUUUAAGUUUCUGUUCUUUUUGUGAUUAUUAAGAUUAUCGUAAUAAUCAUUAUCUUUAUCAUUGUUACUAUAGUUAUUAUUAUUGUUAAAUGAAAUACAUUAUUAUGUUACAAUAUUCUUAUUAUUACUGGGGGUUUUUUUGUCAUUAUUGUUGCUGUUAUUAUUAUAAUUUAUUUUAAUUGUCCUAUUAUAGUUAUAUUGUUUUUGAAGUAUGAUCAAUAACACUAGGUUGCUAUACUUUUAUUGUCAAUAUUAUUAUUUAUAUUGUUAUUUUCAGUAUUAUAGUUGGGUAAAAUCACUAUCUCUUAUCAAUAUUACCAUUAUUAUUAUUAUCAUUAUCUUUAUAAUUUUAUUAUUCUUAAGUUUCAGUAAGGUGUUUCUAUCUCGUAUUUGUGAUCUAUACUCGUACGUGUGGCGUUAAUUGAUUCAAAUUCUACUUCAAUGACAGAACUGAGCUUUUGAAUUUUGUUGAACGGAUGCUGGGAGGAAAAAGGAUAUGUACCAGAACGUAUCUUAUUUCUUAAGCCACUGGAUAAGACCGUCAUUUACACAUGAGAAGAGACUAUUAUCAAAUCAAUGAAAAAGCAGAUGAACUGAAGAGGAAGUAAUAAAGUUAAAACGGGUAUGAAAAAAGAAAAAAGAAAACUACGCAUAUUAUAUAAUGUUGUCAUAAAAUCAUGUGAUGAAUUUAAACAGAAAAUGCAUUACAAUACAAAAUCUAAAAUUGAUUUAAAACUCUACGGUUAUCAAAUUACGUCAUCUCACAUUUAGUAAUAUGAAGCAGCGAAUACGGAAAAAUACACUACAAUACUAGGGGUAUGACAAAGGGAAAUAAGUGCACAUAUCAAAAUGACGUCAUGUAAGAGUAGAUAGAAACAAGCAAUUGCUUUAUCAUAGGUGUGAACAAAGGUAGUAGAAGAAGAAGAAGAAGAAGAAGAAGAAGAAGAAGAAGAAGAAGAAGAAGAAGAAGAAGAAGAAGAAGAAGAAGAAGAAGAAAGAGAAGAAGAACAAGAACAAGAACAAGAACAAGAACAAGAACAAGAAGAAAGGCCAGAUAGCUGAUGCAAGUCUCUCUCUCUCCGCCAUGGCGCUUCUGGUGCGUCCAGUGCGUGACCAGUGACUCGUGACCCUUGACCCGUGACCCUUGAACUCUUUCCUCGUGUUUGUUUAGUCCGAGUAGAGAAGUGGAUAUCGCCAUGAAAACGGCCAAUUAGUCCCGAGAAUAAGCAAGAUAGACAGAAAGAAACAAAGGAGGGAAAAGAAAAGAGGUUGGAUGAAACAGUGGCGCCUUCCAACCAACAGUACUUUAUUUUCUGAUAUCAACAUAUUUCAAUAGGAUUUCUACAAUGAUGUGGCAACAUCGUGCAGGGUUUCCUGUGUGUUAGAAAAAUAUUUGUCGUAAAGCUAUUUGUUUGAGGAAAAAUAAAGCACACCGGCACCAUAACGGUCACGUAGCACGAAGAAAGAGUGGGACAGACAGACAGACAGAACCUUCAGAGGAAAAAGGAAAAAGUACGACCUUCCGGGGCCCUCUCUGACCAAACGCCAGUGCAAUACAACCUGCUAAGAUUAAAUGUGUCUGAAAUUACUAACCUGGUUGACUGCACAAAGUCCAACUGUUGAACUGAAAUUCUUGAUUUAAAAAGUAAGUAAACAUCACAGUGUGGAAUGUGCUACAGCAGUAGCUGCAUUAUAAGCCAAGACCAAGAAGAAAUAUAGAUCAAGACUGUUUACGCCACUCAGGUGUGACGUCACACUCCCCAGGGCCUGGAACUCGCACGGAUGUCAAAAGAAAUCCUUGACCACUACCGCUUGCAUGAAAAACCUACAAAAAUGAAUCUAGGUCAAAUCAAUAUUUUAAUGAUAAUCUUUCAUUAAAAUGUUCUCAUAUAUCUUUGUUUAGUUUCCAGGUUUAUAGAUUCAGAAAAAGGAAGACAUGAAUAAAAAAGGUACUGUUCUGUUUAUUUUCUUUUGGAACUAAUAUAAGCAGAAAAACAAGUGUUGUGAAAAUCCCAUUUAUUUAAUCUUCUUUUUGAGAUUGCCAAAAACACACACAAAAAAAGUGAAUGUAAUUAAGACCUCGUACUUUCCAGUGCGUUUUUAAAAUUUUAAAUUUAUUUUUAAUAGAUAAGUUUAAAUUAGUAUACGAGGUUUUAUAACAUGAAAUUCCAAAAUAGACACGAGUUUACUUACAAAUAUUCAUAUAUAUAUAUACCGACAUUAAUUAAUCAAUACAUUUAAUGAAAAGACUUUUAAAAUAUAUAAAUAGUCAAAACAAAAAGACGAACAAACUAAUAGGUGUAGCAUAGGUGCGACUCUGUUUCUUUGUCUUCUGGCACAGUGUUCAGGGUAUUUCAGAAGGUCAUUUAUACUUUUCUGCAUUUUUCUAUUUUUUAUUUUGUUUAAAGAAACAGGAAUCUUGUUGAAAAAGUUAUCGAAAAUAAAUAUAAUUUUAUCAAAUAAUGCAA